UGGAAUAGUUGAUUCACCAGUCAAUGGAGCUGUUAUAACCAUGGAUUGAGAUCUGAAAUGAUGGUGUUGAAACUGUCUCUGCUGUCGGAUUUGACGCAUUGUUGUGGUUGUUAAUAAAAAAAAAGACAUCUAAGUUUGCUGGAGUAAUUCCAUCCUGUCAGCUAUUUUGGUUCCUAUCUCGUUUUCACUAUUUUGUGAAAGGAGACGUAAAAAGGAAGGAAGGGUAGAGAGAGACAGAGAGAGAGAGAGUGCGACACAGAGGAGGUGAGACAGACAAAUACAGUGUGAACGCCUCGGUGAGUGUCAGUUUUCAGGAGCAGCUGAGAGAGUUCAAGUGACUCUUCACCAAUCGCUCGUCUUCUCUUUGGUCUCAGAAAAAGUGUGGAGACAUCAUGGUUCGGUGGUUCCACAGAGACAUCACAGGCCUGCAGGCCGAGGAAAUUCUCAGGUCUCGGGGUGUUCAUGGCAGCUUUUUGGCUCGACCCAGCAAGAAAAAUGCUGGAGAUUUUUCCCUGUCUGUCAGGGUGGGUAAGCAAGUGACCCACAUCCGUAUCCAAAACACAGGAGACUUCUAUGACCUGUAUGGAGGCGAGAAGUUUGCCACCCUGUCAGAGCUGGUGGAAUACUACACAGCGGAGAAUGGCAUCCUUCAGGACAAGGAUGGCACCAUCAUAGAGCUCAAGUAUCCCGUAAACUGCUCUGACCCUACCACAGAGAGGUGGUACCAUGGUCACUUGUCUGGCCCAAAUGCAGAGAAGCUCCUCACUGCACGGGACGAGCCAGGGACCUUCCUGGUCAGAGAGUCGCUCUCCAAACCUGGAGACUUUGUCCUCUCCGUUUUGACGGAUGAAAAGAGCAAAACUGGAGGAAAGAGGGUUUCUCACAUCAAGAUUCUGUGUCAGAAUGACAGGUAUACAGUUGGAGGCUCAGAUAUGUUCGACACACUGACAGAUUUAGUGGAGUUCUACAAACGCAAAGGCAUCGAGGAGAUCUCUGGAAACUGGGUUUAUCUCAAACAGCCGUAUUACUCGACCAGAGUGAAUGCAGCAGAUAUCGACAGCCGAGUGAAACAGUUGGAUCAGACCGCAGAAAAGCAAGAAGGCGAGGGGGAGAAGAGCAAGGCAGGCUUCUGGGAGGAAUUUGAUGCUCUUCAAAAAAUGGAGGCAAAGGUGAAAAAGAGCAGAGAAGAAGGCCAACGACCAGAAAACAAAAGCAAAAACAGAUACAAGAACAUUCUUCCUUUCAAUGACACCAGAGUCAUCCUGCAAGAUGCUGAUCCUGAUGUUGUUGGCUCAGAUUACAUCAACGCCAACUAUGUGCAAAACAAACUGUGGGAGUCUGGGGAACAGAAAGUUUACAUUGCUACUCAGGGAUGCCUAGCAACAACAGUCAAUGAUUUCUGGCAGAUGGUAUGGCAGGAGAACACAUGUGUGAUCGUCAUGACAACAAGAGAAGUUGAGAAAGGACGGAAUAAAUGUGUUCCAUACUGGCCGGAGCCUCAAGGAGCCAAGGAGGUGGGCCCCUAUGUGGUGACCUGUGAGUCGGAGAGAGAAGCUACUGAUUACAAAGUCCGAGUUUUAGAAAUAUCUCCGGUGAACCAGCCAAAACUUUCUCGUACCGUAUGGCACUACCAGUACCUCAGCUGGCCUGACCAUGGUGUGCCUGAUGAACCAGGAGGUGUCCUCAGCUUCCUCACCCAAGUGAACGCUAAACAGGCUGAACAUCCUAACGCCGGCCCCAUGAUCAUACACUGCAGUGCUGGAAUUGGACGGACAGGCACAAUUGUGGUGAUUGACAUGAUUCUUGAGACCCUUGACACUAUAGGUCUAGAUUGUGAUGUUGACAUCUCAAAAUAUAUCCAGAUGGUGCGAGAGCAGCGCUCUGGUAUGGUACAAACUGAGGCUCAGUACAAAUUCAUCUACCUGGCUGUAUCCGAGUACAUACAGACCACCAAAGUCAAAGACUCUGCCUGCAUGGAAACUGAGACUGAAUAUGGAAAUCUGCAAUUCAAACACCUACCAGCGAGCAGGAAGGUGUCAAAAAACACAGAGGAUGUUUACGAGAACCUGUCAAAAGGAAAGAAGGAUGCGAAAAAGUCGAAGUCUGACAAGAAAAGUGGCUCAGUUAGGAAAAGAUAGAAGAAACCCAGAUGUUCAAUCAUGUUGUAUUUAUGCAUGUGCUCUUUUACAAAAGUUUUUAACACAGCACACACAAAAAUUAUUACAUUUAAAAAUGAUAACAAGAGAACUUGACAUUUUAUAAUCCAUAUGUUUGUGUUUAAAAAGGAAAUAAAGGUAGAAUGUGUCUACAUUCGCUGAACUGUGAUAUUUCUUUGUAAAAGCAUCCAUAAUGUUUAUGACAUGUUGCUCUGCCAGGAGCUACCACUCGUCAGCCCCUUCAUGUUCAAUGCUUGUUGUUGGACUUAGGCAGCAACUAAAAAUAAUUCUUUACUUUAAAAGUUUGAUUUUUCUCUGAGAAGGAGAUGAAGAUUAAGUGGGUUUUUCAUUUUAAACCUGUUCUUCUUUUCAAGCACUUUACAGAAUUACAGAAAUAUAUGUUACACCGCCGACAUAACUUCUCCAAAGUGUAAACCUUUAAAGUUUCAAUAAUCUAUCAAGUUACACUUGAUUUAACGUUUGUGCCUAUCUGGAAGUUACUUCCAUUGUUCAUGCAUGGAAGUUAAAAGGGCGAUUGUUCUCCUUUCCCUUAACAUCUGAACACACAUGAGCAAAUUUUCAGAUUGAAAGUUGAAAAGAUGGGUUUUGUGGCCCUGGGGAGCAAACAAAAAUACAUUUCAAAACCAUGACUGCAAGCAAACGUCAAUCAAUCAAACAAUAAAACAACAAAACAAAAACGUUUUGUUUAUUCCAGAGAUGUGAAUUUGCUAUUUGCAUGUUAGGUUUAAUGGUUAUUCUACACUGAUAGAGAAAUUAUGUAUAUGCAUUUCUUAAAAAAAUAAAUGUGAAUUUUUUUCUUA